AAAUCGAAGUUUGAAUCACUAAGGAGUCCACAAAAAACAUUUCCAACCAACAGAAACAAAUAGAAGAAAACCAAUGGCGGAGAAAGAAGAAGUGAAGCUUUUGGGGAUAUGGGCGAGCCCUUUCAGCCGUCGGAUAGAGAUGGCUCUCAAACUCAAAGGCGUACCGUACGAAUACGUUGAAGAGAUAUUGGAGAAGAAAAGCCCUUUGCUUCUUGCUCUAAACCCUGUUCACAAGAAGGUUCCUGUUCUUGUCCACAAUGGUAAAACCAUUCUUGAGUCUCAAGUGAUUCUCGAAUACAUCGAUGAGACUUGGAAGCAUAAUCCACUUCUCCCUCAGGAUCCUUACGAGAGAUCUAAGGCUCGGUUCUUGGCUAAACUCGUCGAUGAGCAGAUUAUAACUGCAGGGUUUGUAUCAAUGGCAAGAGCAGAUGAGAAAGGAAGAAAAGUUCUUGCCGAGCAGACAAGAGAACUGAUUAUGAUUCUUGAGAAGGAACUUGUCGGAAAAGAUUUCUUCGGUGGUAAGACUGUCGGAUUCUUGGACUUAGUCGCCGGAAGUGUGAUCCCGUUUUGUUUGGAGAGAGGUUGGGAAGGAAUUGGGCUGGAAGUGAUCUCAGAGGAGAAGUUUCCAGAGUACAAGAGAUGGGUGAAGAAUCUUGAGAAGGUUGAUUUUGUCAAGGAUUGUAUUCCUCCUAAAGAGAAACAUGUUGAACACAUGAAUCACAUGGGUGAGAGAAUCAGAUCAGCUUAAACGUAUUAAGACAAGAAUCAUCUUUAUUGCUUUGUUCCAAUGUUUAAGUUUGUAAUGUUGUUAUCUGUUAUGUCAAAAA